CAAUCCGGGGCCGGACAGCGGUGGAGCCAAGAGCCGGGGGAGGGAGUUCCCGAGCCCCGGCAUGUCCAGCAGCGGCCGAGCCUGAACCCGCGGCCGAGGGAGGUGCGGGCUGCAAGCAGCCCCCAGCCGGACUCAUGGCCUCCGGGGCGUGCUGCGGGGCGCUCCGCGGCUUCCUCUUCGAGUACGACACCCCCCGCAUCGUGCUGAUCAAGAGCCGCAAAGUGGGGCUGGUGAACCGGGCGGUGCAGCUGGCCAUCCUGGCCUACGUGAUCGGCUGGGUCUUUGUGUGGGAAAAGGGCUACCAGGAAACCGACUCUGUGGUCAGUUCUGUUACCACCAAGGUGAAGGGAAUAACCAUGACAAACACUUCGGAGUUGGGACUCCGGAUCUGGGAUGUGGCUGAUUAUGUUAUUCCACCUCAGGGGGAGAAUACGUUAUUCAUCAUGACAAACCUGAUAAUCACACUGAAUCAGACACAAGGCUAUUGUCCUGAGCUUCCAGAUAAGACAACUGUGUGUAAUUCCAGUAAGGACUGUACUGCAGGAUACAUAGGCACUCACAGCAAUGGAGUCCAGACUGGGAGGUGUAGGGAAUACUCCACCUCUGUCAAAACCUGUGAGAUCUAUGCUUGGUGUCCCGUGGAGAAUGACACACAUUUACCUAAGCCGGCUUUCCUAAAGGAUGCUGAGAACUUCACCAUUUUGGUGAAGAACAAUAUCUGGUAUCCCAAGUUCAACUUCACCAGGCGAAAUAUUCUGCCCUCUAUCAGUACCGCUUACCUCAAGACCUGCAUUUACGACCCUAAAACGGAUCCCUUCUGCCCAAUCUUCCGAGUCCAUCGAAUAGUUGAAGCUGCAGGACAGAAUUUUCAAGAGAUGGCUGUUGAGGGUGGAGUAAUGGGGGUGCAGAUCAAUUGGAACUGUGACCUUGACAAACCAGCUUCUUACUGUGUGCCAAAAUACACCUUCCGUCGCCUUGACAACAAGGAUUCUGACCACACGGUCUCACCUGGAUAUAAUUUCAGGUUUGCAAAAUACUACAAGGACACAAAUGGCACUGACUCGCGGACACUAAUUAAGGCUUAUGGCAUCCGUUUUGAUAUCAUGGUGUUUGGAAAGGCAGGAAAAUUUGAUAUAAUUCCUACAAUGAUUAACAUUGGCUCUGGGCUAGCACUGUUUGGAGUGGCAACAGUCUUGUGUGACAUCGUGGUUCUGUACUUCAUGAAGAAGAGAUAUUACUACAGAGAGAAGAAAUACAAAUACGUAGAAGAUUAUGAACUGGGACCCAGUGAGACCUAUGGAACACAAUCAUGACAGCAGUGGUGCUGCAGCAUCAACUGCCCAAUAUGAAGAGCUGCUGUGAAUGUUAUUCUGCUUCAUGGAGAGACAGUAAGAUGAUGAUGCUGCAGGCUUCCCUUCCUGGAACUGGGUUAAUCAAUCUGCGUUCUCCAAGUGGAAAGAGAAACCUCCCUCAUUACUUUAGGACUGACAAACAGUGCAUUCUUGUUCUCUGUCACUGACAAAUUGGGGAAAGUUCUGAAGUUACUAGUUGUUUGAAUUCUGGCCACGGUAAACAAAUGUAUGCCAAACUUUCAUGGAAAGCAUCUCAAGAUAAGUAACAGCAGAGUAAGUCUCCCCUUCCCCCUUACUUCCUGUAUCCCCAUAUCCUCUAGAAAGCCCCCUGGAGGGGCUAGCCACCCAAAGCCUACCUCUUUGCUAGGGGCUUAGGCAGUUGGGCCAGGAUGAGUGACAUUAAGUUGGGAAGGGUAGCUGCCCUCCGUUGAGGUUACUUGUUGGUGGGAGAGCCAGGCCCCUCUUAAGAGGUGAGAUCCCUUCCCCAGCUGUGGUGAACUUGGUUGCUAAUCUUCCCCCUCAGGGCUGGAGAGCAUCUAGCUUCAGCAUGAUGGCAAUAAAAUGUAUUUCCUUACUGUGAGGGCAAGUCAACAGCUAACCUGCAGGUUACCCCUCAUGUAUCUGAUCUUCAGGAGCCCAGAGUAGGAGAUGAAGUGCUCUCUAGGUCUCCUGCAUUCAAGUAAAUGGCUGAUGCAUUUAUAAAGAGGCUGCUGCUUUUCUGGUCCUCUUAAAAUUCAGUGUUUGUAAUGAAGGAAAAAGAUGACAACGGUGAUAGCACUUCACAAUGAGUGGAGAUGCCAAUAUUCCAAACACACACAUUAACUAUAUUGAAUACAUUUUCUUUUAAGUGAUUUGAUAUAAGAGGAGAAUCCAUUCUAUAGUGAACCAAUAAAGCCCUUGCAAAGGUA